GUGGCACAGUUGAUGGACAAGAUAAUUCUCAACAAGCUCUCAGUCCGAGCUCCUCUUGGUGCAUUCCAGUGGCCAAAACCCGGGUCGGAGGAGCUAUCACAACCAUUGGUCAUAUCAGCCGCAGCACCUCUCUCAGUCGAAUUAGCGGCAUCGUCAGACUCCCUGCCUAACUCCGUGAACUAUGGCACCCUUGCAAAAUUAAUUGAAAGAGUGGUCGCUGGAAUACUUCCAGGCGGCGAGAUCAACUCUCUCGAGACUUUGGGAUACGCACUUUGCACGGACUGCCUGAAGACGUUCCCCAACUUGGACGAGAUCAACAUCGAGGUCGAGAAGCCUCGAGCUCACUUGUAUGCCAAGGGUGCUGGAAUCAAGAUGACAGCUCAAAGGGGCGAUGUCACCUGUGGAGACGUCGCAAAAAUCGCUGCCUCUCGUUUUUAUAUUCGGGAUCUUGAGUUUUUCACUGUUAUUGGAAUCAACCCUUGGGAGCGAGUUCACAAACAGCUGAUCCGUAUCAACGUGGAGAUGGAUGUUCCACUGGGAUUCAGGGAUUCAAGAUUCCCUUUGCCAUCCCCUCUGACUCCGUUCGAUUACGGUGGUAUAGCGGAUUCGGUGGUGGUCUUCUCUCUUGCGUCAUCAUACGAAACGGUGGAAGCUUUUGUGACAGGGGUGGCUCGGGCUGCACUCACAAGUCCCUCUGCGUACUCGACAGCGUCAGGGAAGCACUUAAUAUCCCAAAUUACUGUUAGUCUUGCCAAACCUAAUGCCAUUAUGUUCGCGUCCUCGGCGGAGGUGUCUAUUACCCGCAAACUCUCGGAUCUUCAAAUGCCAUGGCUACCGCAAGUGACAGGCGACACAAAUGGCUGUCACGUAGCGGCGAUUGCUUUGGGAUCCAACAUCGGGGAGGGGGUAGCCAACAUUCAGCAGUCCUUAAUGGCACUCAGGGAAAUUGGAAUUAAGGUCAUCGAUACAAGCUUUAUGUAUCACAGUGAACCUAUGUAUGUGGAGAAUCAACCUCAAUUUAGGAACGCCGCAUGCCUGGUCGAGACCAACCUCACCCCUCACGAGUUGCUAGGUGCCCUUAAGCGUGUCGAGCAAGCGAUUGGUCGUACCCCUACUUUUCGAAACGGACCUCGUGUUGUUGAUCUUGACAUUAUCCUUUACGACGAUGUUAUUAUAUCAGAUGAAGAAAAAAUCGACGACUCCAACAUUGUAAUCAGACGCCAACUGAUUAUCCCCCAUCCGCGCAUGUCGGAGCGCGAAUUCGUCCUCCGGCCGCUUGCUGACAUGAUUCCUGGUUACAAACCACCUCAUUCCAUUAAAACCAUUUUAGAAAUGUUUCAAGAUAUCCCGGAACGUAAUCUUCGCAAGGUUCUUUCGUUUCCUUGCACCCCACUUGUUGCCUCUCUGGAUUUGACCCCUUCAUGCCCCUCCACUCAAUGGUUUAUUGGAGAAAAAACGUAUAUCAUGGCGACACUGAACUAUACUCCUGAUUCCUUCUCAGAUGGUGGUCUCCACGCCACGAUCUCCUCCGCCGUAGAGUACGCAUUAAAUGCAGUGGCCAAUGGCGCCGAUAUUAUCGAUGUUGGGGGCUAUUCUACCAGACCCGGUGCUGCCGAAGUGUCCACUGAAGACGAGAUAGGGCGUGUUGUACCAGUCUGUCGUGCUCUUCGUAAGGCGGGUGUCACGAUUCCAAUCUCUGUGGAUACCUUUAGAGCAGAGGUUGCCCGCCGUGCGGUUUUGGAAGGGGGUGCCAACUGCAUCAAUGAUGUCCGUGCUCUAAGAGAAAAGGGCAUGCUAGCCUUGGCCAGUGAACUAGCCGUUCCAGUGAUUAUGAUGCACUCUAGAGGCACCGACGCGGGAAAGGAUAAUAGCUAUGAACCGAAAGGAGUCAUGGCAAGCGUCCGCGAGGAACUCGGCGCGGAAGUGGUUAAGGCUAUGGAGACUGGGGUGUGGAGAUGGAAUGUUAUUGUUGACCCUGGGAUCGGAUUCUCAAAGACAGUAGGAGGGAACCUAGACCUUAUUCGGGGUUUGCGCGACUUCACUGCCUCUGGAUCAUUGGUGCUUAAUCCUCACGGAAGCCAUCAUCUGGGAGAGUAUAUUUCCAAGAAACAAGCCUUGUCGUCGCCGGAUGAUGGGUCUGUUGCCGUUCUUGAGUCAAUGCCAACGCUAGUUGGUGCCUCUCGGAAAUCCUUUCUCGGCAAAUUGAUCGGACGACCUCAGGCACCACCAUUAGAACGGAAUUUUGCUACUGCUGCUGUUAACGUUGCAGCUAUCCAGCAGGGAUGCGACAUUAUUCGCGUCCAUGAUAUUCGCGAUACCCGUGACACGGUCAAAAUUGUAGAUGCCCUAUGGCGUCAACAUGCACAGAAAUUUUAGUGGAUGCAUGACUGAUUCUUCUUCACUCCUUCCCGAGCUAACCUCGUGAGAAUGAACUAUGGCGUAUAUGGAGCUUGUUUAAUGGCAUUCGUUGCUUGUUCCACUGGACCGAAUGACGUCCUUGGAUUCAGGCCACUUGGUACUAACUGUGACCCAAUUGACAUUGCAAAGAGGCAUUAACUGCGACUUGGAUACCCAUGUCAAAACCUACCUCGGAGUCCCUCAUUCUAUUGCACAAGUUGUGUUUCAGCUCCGUCUCUUGGAGCUCGUUUGCAGGAUUUCAUGUUUGUCCCUCAGGCUUCCUGGGUGAACUUGAUUCAACGCUCGCGCCGUUUCAAUCUCGGAAGUAUUCGGAGGGACAUCAUGUUUGAUUGACAUUUAACCAGAUGACGCGCCACGGUUCAACGACUCGU